UUUGAGGUAAUAAUUUGGAACAAAAAUAAAACAAACCAUACGGAACCCUGCACGCCCGUCUCCUGAAUUACAAACGUGGUCGCGGCCAAAACCAGUUCCAGAUUUGUUUUGCCAUAAUCGGUCCACGGUGGGUUUCCUGUCCGAUCUAUUUAUGCCUGGCUAUGACAUCACACGUACCAACCCAUUUCAUAAGAAGAUCCAUGGAAGACCUUUGCUGGAACACACUUUGCUGCGUGAAUGUCGCCUAUCACCUGACCCACAACGCUGUCAACCUUAUGUCGAAUCUGUCGUCAUUGACAAUCUCGCAGCUUACCAACAGUGGGCUAGCCGUUACAUAACAUUUUCUUCAGCUAAAGCCGAUGAGCUAGACGAGUCUGUUCUUAUCACUGCUGUUUCUAGCGCUCAAGAUAGCGAUUUGCUGAGCAUCCAAGCCGCAUUGAUGUCGGGUAACCUGGUCAUUAUGACUCACAUCCAAUGUCCUCAAGUGAACGCCUCAAGAACUCAUGCACCUAUUAUUAUGUCCGAAUACGCUCAUAGACUACGUUUGAUGAUGCAAACGAAGACGGAUGAAGAAGAAGAAAUGGCUGAAUUUGCUGAAGAUUUUGGAGCCCAUUUUGUUGAUCGAGUGAUUCUUGGAACUGAAGUCAUUAUUCGUUUUACGCUGAGCAGAAAAACGGUUGAUUUCUUUAAAAGAAAGAACCUUAGCUUUGAUGCGCAGGCCACAGCGAGCGCACUUUACAUUUUGUCUCGAAACAAUAUUUCCGUUAACAUUUCCAAAACAAACCAAAAGGUAGCAAGGGAUUUUGUAGCAGCCGCUCAAAUGCAAAUUUAUUCCGGUACGGCACUAUCCGCGCCGCUGUCUGACUUGCAAACAGCUGACCAAUGGGUUCGUUCAGCCCUGAAACACUUUGCUGUAAUCAGUCUUCAACUAAAGCCUAUUGAACAGCUCUUCGCUCAAUUGUUUCAAAAUAACACCCCAAAAAUUCAAGACAAGUGGCAACUAAGCCGAAAAAGGAUUUGCCACCAAUUUUUGUCACUCGCGUUGAAUGGCAAGUGCGGAAACCCCAACAACAAUAGUUCUAAAUCUCUUCCUCGACAAAUGCAGCAUACUAAUCAUCCGGACAACGAACAAUUCAGCGACGUUUUCGUACUUCCAUUGCUUCAAAUCUGGACCAAUCGAAGUACUGUUUGUCUCCGCGCUUCCUGGAACCACUGCUUGGAAUUAUGCCGUAAUGAUCCUCUAUGUUCGGCAGCCACAGUUUGUCUAACUUCAAAUGCUGCUGUUUACCAAUCAAAAGACAAAAAGACGGUGCCUUCAUGCCCAGCAGAAUUUCGAAGUUGCGAUUGUGCUCUUCAUCGACAGCAAGAUUUCAGUCAUGGUAUUGUAUCACAGAGAGUGAUAACGCUGGUUCCGGCGCGACAGGAUUUGCGACCGGUCACACUUCGCGGAUUCGCAGUGUAUGGGCAAACGCUAUUUUUGGUCGAUAGAAUGACUGAUGUAGCCUCAUGCGCACGUCUUUGCAGCCGAACAGCUGCGUGCCAAAUUGCUUCCUUUAGUCAAUACGAUGUAGGUCAACACAAAGUUUGCAAACUUUUUAGCAACAUGACUGGAAAUGAGCUAAGAAGAAAAGGACGAGCCAUCACAGUAUUCAUGAUGGCUACCUUUAUACCAUGUUUCUCUGGCGAAAUUGAAUCUGGGAGGGCCAGCUGCCCGACUAAUACAAACUGCUCUUCCUUCUAUGGAAUGUGCGUUUGUAUGCCUGGUUACUUCAAAAACGGAAGCACUUGCCUUUCUCGCAACCACGACUACCAAUACGAAGCUGACGAUGGUUUACAGAAAGCUCUUCCUGAGAAUAACGGUGACAUUAACGGUGACUUCAGUAGGGAAACAUAAAGAGACGGAUCAAAAUCACAGGAAUCAUCAAAUUUCGUCUUUUUUUAAGAAGCCUUCUAAACAAGACGUUUCACAUUGGUCUAAUGAUCAUAAAGUGAAGGAAAAUUUCACGUCGAGUGCUAUCUAUGUAUCAACUACUGCCUCUUAUACAUCAAGCACUAUAGCGAACAUGCAGAUGGAAACUGCUGGACCAAAUGGUAGUGAAGUUCAAACGACUACCAAUCAGCAAGACCGAGUUUCUAAUACUGAGGGUCCCACUGCUGUUAUUGCACUGGUAACCGUAGCAACGCAUCGUGAUCCUAGUAAAGACAAAAUGACAUACUCAACCAUGCGUAGCAAAUCUUCCUAUGUACCGUGGCAAAUGAGAUCCUGGAAUAGAGCUACGACGGCUUGAAAGUUAACAUCAUUAAACGGGCAUCGUACCAG